AUGGUUCAGACGAGGGGGGAUGGGCCGCCGGGCUCGAGGCACGCCAAUCUGAAGAAAUCGUUCAAACUGGGGGUGCGGUCCCUCCUGACGGCUUUUUCUAAGGAGGUGAUCUGUGCUGCCCUCUAUUGAUUUCAGAUAUUGCAUGCUAGAAUGCUGAAGAUGUUGUGCUUAUUAAACACCCGUUCUUAAUAUCCUUAGUUGUCGGUCCGCUUUUCCUAAAAUUUAGCCCUUUCUUAGAUAGUUGGAUUGAAAACUCAGAUAUUUUCUGCUGGCGAUUGACCAUUAUUGGAUCUAAGCUCGAAACCCCACUUUAUCAAACUGGGACGUAUGCGUAACUCAUAUGCGAAGAUUUAAUUUCAAAUUUCUUUGAAUUUAGUCAUCUUGGAUUCAAAUUUUCAGCAAGGAACGCCACAUUGUGUCGCAAAAAAGGGGGAAAACUGAGUGGGAAAAAGUGAUUCUGGAGAAGUAUAGAGAUAAAUGUUGCCGCCCAAUAAAAUAGCAUACGGAAAAAAUUGACUCGGAGGGAAAUCGGUGCGUUUGAUAUGGAGCUGUAACGCAGCUAAUAGGGGACUUUCUCCAUCUCCGCCCAACUAUUUUGAUCUAGAUCUUCUUUAGAAAAAUUGGGAUUCAUAUUAUAUUCCUCAUUUUCGAAAGUGACACAAAUCAUGUUGAUCAUCAAAUUUUUUGCCACUUUGCCAUACAUGAAUAUUUAAACCCAUCUGUUAUUUCUCUGUGGGUGGAUGAAAUAUGUUUCUUAUGACGUUAGAUAAUGAUUUGUAAUUUUUUGUAAUGACUUUACAGUUUGACGAGUUUCAGUUUCUCAAUGAAGUCUAUUCUUCGUCUUCAUAAUAAAUGAAAUUUAAAUCAAAGACUGAUUUUCUGUUACACUAGAAUCAAAUACUUGGUCUUUUACGGUUUUUUUGAUGCACGUGCAGGAUGUAUAUAAAUCUUUCCCGACAUUCAACAAUCAUGAGAAAGAAAAAAUCCAUGGCAUGUUUAUUCAGGUAAAAUCUUUCACUCGAAUUUCAAUUUUCUUUUUUGACUUUAUAUGGGUAACUAAGCUGAAUGUUACCUUGGAUUCUCGUUGUUAAUAUAUUUUCCUGUCUUGAAUUCUUAAUAAAGAAGAAAAACUCAAAAUUUCAUUAAUCUGGGGCUCCCAUAUGUUACUUUGAACAAAAUAAAAUCUAGUUUUAAUGAGGAAAGGAGCAGGGGACUGUGGUAAUGUCCCUGUCUUUUAAUUCUAGUCUUGUUGAUGCACGAUUUGGUGCCAUAUAAUAAGUUUCCUGGAAUUCACUAUUUCUUCCAGCUACACAUAUAUGCAACAUAACCCCAUGCUAGAGAGCGUAAACUUUACUUUCUUCGAAGGUACCCAAUUGUUUGCUUAUUUUUUAAACCCUGAUCCCGUUGACAAAUUCAUGUUUUUCCUGUCUCUCACAUAUUUGAUUCUAUUAUCAUUUUCCGUGUACUUUUAAAGCUUCAACUUGGAUUUAUUUUUUUUGGCGUUAUGGGUUUAUCCAAUGGUGUAGUGGUGUUUGUGUAAUACCAACGAUUCUCCUUCACAAAACUAGAGUGCUCUAAACAUAUCUCUAGAAGCAGUUUUUUCAUAUAAGUUAGGGUCUUGACAUUUUACAAUUAGAUCCAACAUGCUCCAAAUACACACAUGAGGUGGAGGGCCUUAAUGAAAGUGGCAUUAAAAAGUUUACCUGUGUAUCUUCACAGUUUAAAUCUCAUGGGGCCAGAGAGAAACUCCCCAAUGGUACCUAUGACCUUUGAAAGUCUGCGGACAAAAUGAGAGCAUGUCCACUACACAGAUAUGUGAUCAACUUCGGGGUAACUAUCAGCAGAGGAUAAGUUUAGAGCAACCUGAAAUCUGAACUAACACAUGGUGUGGUGAAAUAACCAGCUUGCACUGUCUUAUGAACGGGUUAUCAUAUCCUUCAGACGUAAAGGUAUAGACUGAAUAAUUAAUAGAGGAGAAAAAAAUCUAGAAGUAAUUAGAGUUGUUCAAGAUUGGUAUCUAAGAGUAAUCUCAGUUCAAAGAAGCAGAAGUAAAAUUCUAAAUAUGGAUUUGCAGAUAUUAACAUUAUGGACCACAUUAUGUCGAAUUCAUACUUGUUUCCCACUGAUCUUGAGAUGUUGAUGUUUUGAUUUCAUUUAUUAUCGCUACAAUAAAAUUGGUGUAUAGGGAGCAAUGCUGUUUUUAGAUGUCAUUCAGUGAAAAUUGUUACAAUUUGAUUUUUUUUCCUCUAUGUUUAUAAAACUUAUUUGAGAAGCAGUACUUUUUGUGCUUCAUCACGUCAACCAUUUGGUUUCCUAAUGCUGUACCUCGCUUUUGUGAUACACUGUCAGGUCAUCAAAUCUUUACAUGAGAACAUUGAGGUAUGGUCUUUUCCUUUCCCCAUGGAACAUAAUCGAUUUUAGUUCCAUAUGUUUUGGUGCUACUAAUGGACUAUUCAUCAUGAACAAUUUACUGAUUGUUUUUUGUCGCAUAUAUUGCACCUGUAUUGGUUUGGAAGCCAGUAUAUUGUCUCAUUGCACUAUAUAAAUAAGAAUAUACAUAUAUGCAGUAGGAGAGUCAAUUGCUCAACGGUGGAAAACCAUACUUUGGCAAACAAAGGUUAUGAUAAUUUAUAACUGUUGCAGUUAGUAACCUCUCUGGUAGCCAAGAUAACAACUGUAUUCGAGGUUAAGUACGAUCUUCAUGUAAUAACCUUCUGAUGUUCUCCUUCUGUCAUCAAUAUCAGAAAUCAGCUGAGGUUGGUCGGUUUCCUAUCUCUAGGUAGUCUUCUCAAAGCAUUUCCUCCCUCUAGGUUGCUUAUUUUACAGGUAGUAACAACAUGCCCCACUUACAAUGACUGCUCUUUUGCUCAAGCAUACCAUAACCUGUGACUCCAUCAGAUUCCAUAUGUCAUGGUGCUCGUCUUCCUAAUGCAGUGAGUCUCAAAAUGAAACGCAUGUCCUCAUGAAGUUAGCAAUCUUUGAAAUGUUUCUCCGUGUUAUAGAUAAGGCUGAUGGACUAGAUAGAAUGGACUGUUUUCUGCAUAACUGAAGAAUUCGUCCUAGAAUUCCUGACACAUAGUGCAUCAUAUUUCCAUGGCCACUUUUCUAUUUCUUGCUUUUCUGAUCUGCUCGUUCUUGUACUCGUUUUACUUGUGUUUGAGACACUUGCUGUCCAGACUUGAGUCCUAUCAAAUGGAGGAUCAGGUUGCUCAGUCCUUUCAUUUUUUUUCUGAAUAAAAAGUAUGAGAUAUGAGGCUCCUCUUUGCCAUAAAGGUCGUUAUUUUAUGAAAGAAAAUUAUCAUCAUUUAUUGAGUGCCCUUUAUUGCGAUUGAUCCCAAUGACCUUCCAAAUCCUCAUGUUUAGGGAAAGUGUUUUUUUUUUUUUGGGGACAUCUAAAACCGAAUCCAGAUUAAUAUUCUAUGUAGUUUGCGAAGACUUGAAUUAAGUAUUUGCUAGCGCUUCUUCAGGUAUAUGUAGAAUGCUCGGUUUUAAACAACUGCAUUUUGUGAAUUACCAGAUGGGAACCAAACAUGACAUAUUAUCCCAACAGGCAAUGCGCAGCCCUGUAAGAGUACCCAAUGGCUAACAUCAAAGGUCAUUAAAAGGAGCGCAUGCUUAAGUAGUUAUUCUAUUUUUUAAUUACUCUGCCACUAAUCAUUUUUUAGAACUUGGCUGCUUCACCGACCUCGUUAAUGUCAAGUCCGGCCCUCCAAUGCAUAUUCUAUGUUUUUCUCUUGUUAAACAUUGGAAAUUUGACAGCUGUCUCAUUUUCACCCUAUUUUGUUUACGUUUUUAUUUUUUUUGACCUGUGCAUUGUGCUCAUAUUUCCUAUUUCUUGUGUUCUAAUUCUCACCGGAAGAAAAAAAACGCUUUUUGCUUUGUUCUUGUAGGAGGAGUUCGAGGCUAUAUGCCAGGAGACACAGGCACGUAUAUGCUACUCGUUGUCACCUGUUUGAGACAUACUAUUAAAUUGAUGUUUUCGAAUGAAAUUAAUUGCUUGUCAUUUCCGCCUACACCUUAUACAAAUCACCGGGCUUAUUAAUAAUCCAAAUUCUUUCCCUUUACAGGAGUACUUGAUACCUAUAAAUUUCCAAAUUCAUUCUCUAGAGAGGACUACCAUUUCAUCAAAAUUAGUAUCCUGUGCUGGAUAACAGUACUACACACUCCGUUUCAUCAAUGCAUGAAGGACUGAUGCUUUGGUCCCAUAAUCUUUUUAUUGCCGGCUCACUAAACAGGUGAUGUGUUGUAAUUCAAACCAGCACACUGCUGCCCAAUGUCACAGGCUCACUUGGAUCCAUGGUUGAAGCUCAUUCGUGUUUUUAGUUUACCAUCUGUGGAUAGUCCUGAUUGCCUUUGGCCAUGGUUCUUGGGGUUUUGACCUUCAGCAUCAGAGUCAACGACAGUGUCCGUACAUAGAGUAUAAGUUGGAUAAUCAGCUCUGUUUUCUUUUUUUUUUUUCUUUUUUUUUGAGUGGUUCUAAUUAGACUAUCGGAGAUGAUCGGUGCAGCAUAUCAUAGAUAGAGAUGAAAUGAAAGCAUUAGGUGAAGAAAAAGAGGUCAACCCUCAUUUUUGGUUUCCUGUUUAUUCCUGCUCGUCAUGCGUCUGAGCUCAUCUGUAGGGCCCAUUUUUGGAUCUUGUCCAGACCUAUUGGAACCACUCUAUGCAUGGCUGAGUUCUACCCAUGCAUCUAUGGAUUCUACAUUUAUAUUUAACCUCCUAAUUUAGUAUUUUAUGCUUCCCUUCGAGACCCUUCUACAACCUUCGUAAGACUGGUAAUCACAUCUCUUUGCAGGUUGUUACGUCUGUGAUCAUGAUCUUUAGUUUUUAUCUGAGCAGGUGGGUGCCACUCUGGAUGUAGUAGAGCAGCUUGUGGAAGAGCAAAGCCUUGAAACGCUUCCCGCACAAGUGUAAGCGCAUCAUCCCGUAGCAGUGCUCUACGUAAUGUCAACGAUCAAUUCCAUUGAGGCUCUCCUUCUUCUGUGGAGAAAGUCAGACACUCCCAGUUGACCUCAACAGUCUUUCAAUGGCAGGGUCACCCACCUUUCUCUGUUAACACCUCACCUGAUUCCCUGUUUCUCAUGGAAGCAAUCAUCAUUGGAUCAUUUACAUUACUUGAUGGACACAAAUGGGAUUUUCUCAUUUUUCUGCCUUCUUAUUUCUAUUUUUGGGAUAGCACCCAUCAAAAUAUUAGGAAAGGUUGACUUACAGUUCGAUGACUCUGACUGCAGAUUGGAUGUAGAAGAAGUCAAAGAAGCUCUUUCAAAGGUUAAAAGGGAUGAGAUAAGUUACCUGUCAUGCCUCUUGGAGAAGGUCAGAACCAGCCCCUACUUGAUUUAUUCCAUCUUGGUGAAAAUAAUUCAUUUAUUAUUUUUUCUACUGAUUCUAGGAAAAUCUGUGCAUUAACCGGAUAAUUUUUAUUUUAUUUUUUAUACUUGCUAAAUAUGUUUUUUGCAAUUCUGAAUUUUCAUCGGCGCAAUUUGCAUUAUUCUGGUAAAUAUUUAUGAGUGGAUUAAUAAUGUGUGAAGUUAGUUGGAAGAAUCUACGGCUCAGGCUGCGGCCAUUAGAGGAAGGCAUCACUGCCACUGAGCUGACCACCCAGUUUGUGGAUUCUGAUGAUACUCAGGCUGAGAGGCAGAACGAGCUCCUCAAGGACCGGGUGGAGUCUUUGAGGAAGGCAAGGGAUGACACUGUCGCCGCCACCGACGCUAUCAGUAAGGUAUCCUCUCUCUCUCUCUCUCUCUCUCUCUCUCUCUCUCUCUCUCUCUCUCUCUCUCUCUCUCUCAUCUGGGCCUUUAAUAGCUUAUUUCUGUUGAAUGCUGUAGCUGAGGAGCUGGAAUUCGAGCUACGAGAAGCUCCUCAAUGGCUGA